GCUAUGCAAAGAAAGAAAAAUACACUAGUCAUAUGAACAAGUAGGGACUAGAGAGUAGUAAGGUGGUUUGCUCCACAGCUGAUAAUAGCACAGGGCCUUAAAUUCAGAAACGUUGACGUGUCAAAGACCCAGUAAGCCGUAGCCAAAUCGAAAGGAAACCCGGACAAAACAGUCAACCUAUUUGCAUUAAACAUCGUUUUCUGCUACUUCACAAUAAAAAAGCAAAACUCCACAAACCCAGUACCGAAUUCCCACUCACUUACACUCAGCCCCAGCCACCAUGAAUCCAUGGUUACCGCCCUGAAACUUCAAAACAUUCACAACCAUGGCUCUUGCUCCGUCUCCGCACGGCCAUCUCGAUUGGUGGACCUCCUCUCCUACCCCAGCCCCUACCCCAACCCCAACCCCAAGUCCAGGCCCAACUCCCGCUCCUCCUCAAACUACUACCACCACUACCAACACAAUUACCCCCCAAGGAGACCAAUCUCCGCCACCGUCGAGGCUGCCUGUAGACUUUAGUCCGCCAUUGAUAGCCAUGGUAGUAGUUGUUGCCACUGCCUUCUUGAUCGUCACAUACUCCCGCCUCAUCUCCCGCCACGUAAUCCCUCCUGUAGUCCGAGUCCUUCGUCGAUGGAGAAGGCGUCGCCGCCGUAGUAGUAGACGAUCCUAUCUCCCGUCCUCUGACGGAGACCUCGACUCCCUGCCGUACGACUCGCCGUUUGAGGCCAGCGAUGGUUUCCACGUCUUCUCCCCUUACGGACUUGAUGACUCCAUAAUCAAGACUAUUCCUCUCUCCAUCUAUACAGUCGUCAACAAGGGCGGCGGGCCACACCACGACUGCGCAGUUUGCCUCAUCGAGUUCGAAGAAGACGACUACGUCCGUACUCUCCCCGUAUGCUCACACGCUUUCCACGUGGACUGCAUCGAUAUGUGGCUUCGCUCCCACGCUAAUUGUCCUCUCUGCCGCGCCGUAAUAUUCCGCCCGGAGUCCCCGUUUAUUCCGCUCAUGGCAGCCAGGAUCCGGCCAAGCCUCGACGACGCCAUUUUUAGAAGCAUCGCACUCGAGCCGCUCAGCGAAGCCCAGGCACCGGAAUAUGCAGCAUCGACAGUAACGGAAAUCACGCCUUGCGUGGAGGAACUCUCACCGAGGAGAAACAGUUACAACUUCAACGCCAAUCACUCGGAGGAUCACCGAAUCAACAACAGAGAUUUCCUGCUGAAGAGAUCGUACUCGUUCGGAUUUGAGCGGAGUGCGGCAUCGGAACGGAUGAUGGUGACGGAGCCUGCGACAGCAUCGCCGUGGAGGUACAGACGAGGAAGCUUCUGGAGCAAGAGGCCAUCGCCAUUCGGUUCUCUGAGCAAGCCAAGGGUGUUCUCGUUCCGAUACUACAGAGGAAUGAAGUCACCGUUCUUUCGCCGGAACCGAGGUUUUUUCGGGUUAUCGGAAUCGAGCUCGAGAUUUUCCGGCGGCGGAGGAUCAUCGCGUAGAACGAAAUCGAUGACGAGUCCGAUGUUCAUGAGGCCGUCGUCGUUAUAUUCGUCGGCGGCAGCGUUCUCGUCGAGCCGGCUCCGGUGCGGGGAUCCCGAGGCCCUUCUGUCGCCGGAGAGAUUCAACCGAAGAUAGAAGAUAUAAGAGGAGGAAAGACAAAAGAAAAAGUAAAUGAGGGGCGGGACACGUGGAAGAAUGGGAUUGGUGGACAGUAGAGGGUAAGUUAUCGGGCGGUGACGGUGGGGGGUUGAAAACCCAAGAUGAGUAGUAAUGGGGUCGGGACGCUUUUAAUGGGUGGAAAAGCAUUGUCUGUGUGAGACUGAGAGAGAGGGAGUUUUAAAUGAGAGGGGUCGUCUGGCAAUUUAGAGCUACUGAUAUUAAUGGAUUUUUGGAGGUUUGGCAAAUGGCAUUAAAUGCUCCCCCGGGAAAAAAGUCUCUCACGGAAAGCGAAAGUUGAUUAUUGCAAUGAAGAAAGCACACAUACCCAAAUCCCCCUCUUUAUUUAUUUAUUUAAUUUUUUCCUCUCUAUCGCUCUCCAUUUCCAGUUUUUUUUUAGCUGAGAAAGUGUUGGGGACGAGAAAGAAGAUUCAGAGUCUAGCUAUAAAAUCAAAGAGAAAGAAGCAAUCCUCAUAAAUGCGAGGGAAGUGAAGUUGUUGUCGCUUUUUUUGGAUUUUUGUUUCCCUUCUCUGCCACCCAAAAAUUAUUGACUUCUCUGUAUUUAUAAUAUAUUCAGUUUUUUUUUUUUUUAUAAUUAAAGAAAGUUUUAAAUUCAAAAUACCACCUUAAUAUAAUUAUAUGUUACCACCGACAUCAACCAAACCAACCAUGUUGAUUGAGGCCUGAGGGAGUGGAAGAGAGUUAUAGUAGAAGUAAGAGUUAGUGGUGGUGUGGUUGUGAUGCAAGUGCGGAUAGAGGACAAUACAGUCCCAAAUUCGGAGGACAUGAGGGGCGGCCUACUGUGAGUCGUUCAGUCCGGCGGUGCCUGCAAAUACAUUUUUCUCUAAUAAUGGACUUUAUUUGUAAUCUUCAUCAUUAUUUUUGGAAUAUAAAGCUUCUCGUUUUCAUUUA